AGUGAUCGUUGUUAAAUGCUGUAACUGUUUUUGGAAUUAAAAUUAAUAAAUACAAUAAAAUGGAAGCUGUUGGACGUAAACGUAUACGCUCUGAUGAGUCUCCAUUUGUAUUGCAAAGUAAAAUGUUUAUUAACGAAAAGGUAUUGGAUAAUAACAGCAGCGAGAGAAUGAAGGAUAUACACAAUAAAACAAUAAAUAUGCUGUUUAAAGCUGCUCGUGAAUUUAAUUCAAAUAGUCUUAAUAAUAACAUUAAACAACCGCCAAUACCAUUAUGGAAACAAAUAUCCUUAUCGGGAGAUGGUCGUAUCGAAUUUCGAAAUGAAGUAGAUCCCGUGGAUUUGCCAAAACAUAAAAAACGAGCUACAUGCUGCGAUCGAGAAACUUUAAUACAAGAAACUUGUUGCAAUUGUAGUACUCUCACCCUCUGUGAGGAGUGUGGUUACUCCUGCGUAGAAUGUGACAAAUUUUUAUGCAGGAGUUGUGUUUGUCUUUUUGGGUGUGGCGAUAUUGAGAGACCAAUUUGUGAAAAAUGCGCAAUUUUUGAUUAACAAUUUUAGUCCAUCAUUGGACAUAGGAAUGAUAAUAAAAAAGGGUAUUUAAACUGAAUACCAAGUUGCCAAUUUCAGUAAAAAUAUCUACUCCUAAUGAUAAAUUUAUGUUA